GUAAGAUGGAUAAGCCCAGAGGAACACGGAGUAGGAAGGAGGAGCUGGACUGCUGGAGGAAGCAAGCAAGCACCGGACUGGAAAAAGAAAAUGUCGACAACACAUGCAAUGCCGUUGUCUUCAUCUUCUUACUACUCUGUUUUCACCGUCUCCGCCAUCACCAUCCCGCUUCUCCGCGCUCGUUCCUUAAAGGUUUCUUCUUCUUCUUCUUCCAUCUCCGACGACGGCCGAGCUAAUGCUACUCCGACCACCGUCCCGAAUCCAUCUCGUCGACUCGCCCUCUUUCAACUCGGCGCCGGUGAGACUACAAACCCUAUUCACCACAUCCUCUAUUUUGCUCCCAGUUCAGAUAAUUCUCUAUUUCUUCGUUGCAACAAUGGGGAAUUUUGUACAUUGAAGUCCAUGUGUUUUGAAAAUCCAGCUAUUCCUCAGUCGCAUUUGUUUGGUUUAAGAGCGGUUGAAAAGGCAAUUGCAGAAGAAAGAACUCCUAUUCUCGAUGACCCUAAUGCGUUGUUGGAGUGGAUUAAGAACGACAAAAGGAGAAUGCUUCAUGUUGUUUACCGCGUUGGGGACUUUGACAAGACUAUAAAAUUUUAUACUGAGUGCUUGGGGAUGAAGCUGUUGAGGCAACGUGAUAUACCAGAAGAUAGAUAUAGAAAUGCCUUCCUUGGAUAUGGCCCUGAAGAAUCGAAUUUCGCUGUUGAACUUACCUACAAUUAUGGCGUUGACAAGUAUGACAUUGGAUCUGGUUUCGGUCAUUUUGGCAUUGCAGUCGACGAUGUUGGGAAGGCUGUGAAUCUCGUUAAGGCGAAAGGGGGAAGAAUUAGUCCUGUCGAAGGAGGAAAUCAAGUAAUUGCAUUUGUUAAAGACCCAGAUGGUUACAACUUUGAGCUAUUGGAGAGGAAGCCUGCACGUGAACCCUUGUGCCAAGUGAUGCUUCGAGUUGGUGAUCUCGAUCAAUCCAUUAACUUCUAUAAGAAGGCUUUUGGAAUGGAGCUUCUAAGUAAACGGGACUACCCCAAUGACAAGUAUACAGUUGCCUAUAUGGGUUAUGGUCCCGAAGACAAUAAUGUGGUGCUGGAACUGACCUAUAACUAUGGUAUCAGCACAUAUGACAAAGGAAAUGGUUAUGCACAGAUUGCAAUAGGGACAGAUGAUGUUUAUAAGAGUGCUGAAGCAAUCAAACUCUGUGGUGGAGCCAUUGUUCUGGAGCCUGGGCCCUUGCCUGGUAUUAACACCAAGAUUACUGUUUGCUUGGAUCCUGAGGGUUGGAAAUGGGUGUUUGUUGAUAAUGGGGAUUUUCUUAGAGAACUGGAGUGAGCUGAAGCCGCAGCUGAGUUAAUCCAAUAAGCCAAAACUAUCAAACAAACAUUCCUUGCCAUUUCUGAUUAAUGGUUUUGAACUCCUCUAAAGGAAGAAAUGUUACCAUUAUACCCAAACACCUGUACAUUUCGUGACUAACAAUUGCUGUAAACCCUUUGACCGUUUUUCUGAUACAUGACACUGAAGUUCCAAAUGGGAACUCUAUAAUGUUGUUUUAGAACUCAUGCAACUUUAGCUCGGCAGCUGAGCAUAUGCUGUAUCCCCUCAACCCACAUCUGCUUGUCAUUUUUACUCCAGCAUUCGAACUCUAUUAUUCUCUCUGAUGUUUUAAUCCCAAAAUAAGCUCUUUGCUCGCUGCAGUCGUCUGUCUCCCUCCCUGGCCAUCCUGCCACCUCAGUCUGAACUCCAAACACAACACCUGCAGAUUCAACUUAAAGUUUGGUCAAUCAACCAUAAGAGAGCAAGGUAAUAAUUUUACUUUUCUUAGAUUGAGAAAUUUGCUCACAUUUCUUUUUCUUUGUGAAUGUCCCUGCCAUGUGCUUGCUUUUCAUUUUAGCCACCACCUGUUUUUGGUCAGUACAUCAACAAAAAACCUUUGUUAGGGGCUUGUAACACUCUGGGAUAUGCUAAUCAGUGUAGCAAUUACUUUUAUCCUUUUGAUAUAUUUCUUUCUUUCAUACCUGACAAGUUGUACUGAUACUGAAAGAAACUCGCUUCCAAUGUAGAGCUCCUGCCAUCAAUGGUUUAUCAAUAUGUAUUCAUUUCUCAAGGCUAGUUUACAUUCGUUUUUUCCCUAUCUGAUACAAAUGUGAAGUAGCAUACCUUUCCUUGUCCGCUUGAGAAGUUCUUCCCCUUCGGUGACAAAUUUUAAUGCUGCUGAGAUUUUGGACUCCUUGCCUUCUUCAUCCAUGUCCUCUGUCAAGGGAAGUGCUGGGGCUCCAUAUCCUUUCUGCAGCCUUGCUCGCAGGGUCGCAGCAGCUCUUAAAGCUGUAUGCAAUAUCAUUAUUCUGAAUCUUCUCUAUUGUUUUUUUUUUUAUUGCAAUGAAAUAGAUGUGGCAAAUUGAGUGGGUUCAUGGUUUGUUGUGUUGGGGAUUGAUGACAGUCUUAUACCUGUAGCUGCACCAGCUGUUAAAGUCAUGAUAUCCCCGUUAGUCCUCACGUUGACCGCCGAGUCAAUAACUGUCAUGAUUUGUUCAUGUUCAGCACCCAUGUCCUCUGCUAUCUCAAUGCAGUGAGACGCCACAAGAGCCGCCGCUGAUGCCAUUGCAGCUGGCGUCUUGGAAGCCGCUGUCUCGCCUUUUGCUGCUGCAAGUUCUGCUGACAUGGCAUUCGAGGCAGUUAUAGCAGCGACAGCAGCAGCCACUCCGGCUACAGUGACAGCUGCGUGAACUUGGGCGUUAUGGAUUCCUUUCCAACAGCAGAAGAAGCUGGAGGAGCUGGAGGCACCGACUUGUGGAGACUACCAGGAAGAGGAGGGGGUGCCUGAUGUGGUGUGCCACCAGUGGAAAGAGCUUUGGAGAGCUCCAUGGCAGAGAGACUCCAUGAUCUAGCUAGGAACUCCAUGGACUCGGUGGGUGUCUCAGGGGGUGCAGCAGAUGACGAUGAUGAUGGUAGGGGUACCCAGGCAGCAGGAGUGUUCUCGUCGAUGUUCUCUAGCUUCUGCAGCAGGCUCUUUGUGCUGCAAGAGCUCACUGAUCAAGAAAAAGGUCACAAACAAAGAAGUUAGAAGAGGGAACCCUUUGAUAUAAUGCCAUUAAGCUCUUACUCUUACUUACUUCUUGUUGUGCUGAGUCCUGGGGACUCUUCUGGUUCUUCUCCUUCUUCUUGGUCAAGUGUCAGGGUUGCUUUGGUGCAACUUCUCAUGGCGAAAUGCAGGAUGUUUGUGUUUAAAUGCAGGAAUAUAUGCUAUGGAGUGGGAGAAGUUGGGGGCAGUGGCAGGAGAUUGCAGGUCAGGUUGUUUUUUUUUUUGGCCUUUAUAUCAUAGCCGAAGGCCCUUAUAUGCUGGUGUGACUGAAGUAGCAGAAGGGUUUUGGUAUGGGUUCGACUCUUUUGUAAGCGGCGGGAAUAAUCAUGGCUGUGGGGGGGCUUCACUUCACUUUUGUUACCACUUACCAUUGUCACUUGGAAAAAAUAAG